CCAGUCCUCUGAACCUUGAGAUCGGUUUCUUAGAACUACGAGCCCGAGACCCUCCCCUGCCCCGGAGCGCACAGGCUUUUAAAGCGGCCCCUGGGAAGCCACUCACCGUCAGAGACGGCUGGAGCUGAGACUGCGCCAUCGUCACCGUCGGCGGCCAUGACACCAAGGUCCCUCGCUUGUAUAGUCAGUGCGCCCGCGGGACUUCCUCUUCGUCUCCUCACUCCGCUCCCGCAGUGGGGACGGGGCGGGGCUUCGCCCCCGGAGUCGCCGUCUGGUCGGACUUCCGUUCAGACCUCCCGGGUCUGGCGCGGUGGAGCCAGCCUGGCGCGCGCUAGGAGCCUAUUGGCUGGCGUGGGCCGGUUCACCGCCCGGAUUGGCCGGAGCCACGCCCCUUGGAGUUCGUCAGGGAGCUGGGCGCUGGAGAUCGUGCAGGAGUCAAUCAUGAGGAAGCCACGAGCAGCUGUGGGAAGUCGAAGUCGUUGCAGGAAGCAGGCAUCCAGCCAGGAGGGAAGGGAGAAACGUGCCCUCAGCAGCAGGCAGGCCAAGCCGUCUGCACCUGACGCAGGCCUGGCCAGGCAGCAGGAGGAGGUGAGAUUGCAGGCCGCUGUCUCCCCAUACCAUCUAUUCAGAGACACAGCUGAGGUCACAGUCUUUCGGAAGAGCCUGCUGAGCUGGUAUGACCGAGAGAAGCGGGACCUACCCUGGAGAAGGCAGGUGGAGGGUGAGGUGGACCUGGACAGGCGGGCAUACGCUGUGUGGGUCUCAGAGGUCAUGCUGCAGCAGACCCAGGUUGCCACGGUGAUCGACUAUUAUACCCGAUGGAUGCAGAAGUGGCCAACGCUGCAGGACCUGGCCAGUGCUUCCCUGGAGGAGGUAAACCAGCUCUGGGCUGGCCUGGGCUAUUACUCUCGAGGCCGGCGGCUACAGGAAGGAGCCCGGAAGGUGGUAGAGGAGCUAGGGGGCCACAUGCCACGUACAGCAGAGACCCUGCAGUGUCUCCUGCCUGGUGUGGGGCGGUACACAGCCAGAGCCAUUGCUUCCAUUGCCUUUGGCCAGGCAACCGGUGUGGUGGAUGGGAAUGUAGUACGGGUGCUAUGCCGUGUCCGAGCCAUUGGUGCUGAUCCCCGCAGCACCCUUGUUUCCCAGCAGCUCUGGAGCCUAGCCCAGCAGCUGGUGGAGCCAGCCCGGCCAGGGGACUUUAAUCAAGCAGCCAUGGAGCUGGGGGCCACAGUGUGCACCCCGCAGCGCCCGCUCUGCAGCCAGUGCCCUGUGCAGAGCCUGUGCCGGGCACGCCAGAGGGUGGAGCGGGAGCAGCUCUCAGCCUCACGGAGCCCGCCAGGCAGUCGUGACGUGGAGGAGUGUGCUCCCAGCACUGGACAGUGCCAGCUGUGUGCGCCUCCCACAGAGCCCUGGGACCAGACCCUGGGAGUGGCCAACUUUCCCAGAAAGGUCAGCCGCAGGCCCCCCAGGGAGGAGUGCUCGGCCACCUGUGUCCUGGAGCAGCCCAGGGCCCUUGGUGGUGCCCAAAUUCUGCUGGUGCAGAGGCCCAACUCAGGUCUGCUGGCAGGACUGUGGGAGUUCCCAUCUGUGACCGCAGAGCCCUCAGGGCAGCACCAGCGCAAGGCCCUGCUGCGGGAACUGCAGAGUUGGGUUGGGCCCCUCCCGGCCACCCGCCUUCGGCACCUGGGACAGGUGGUCCACACCUUCUCUCACAUCAAGCUGACAUAUCAAGUAUACGGUCUGGCCCUGGAAGAACAGACCCAGGUGACCAUCGUACCACCUGGAGCUCGCUGGCUGACCCGGGAGGAGUUUCACACCGCUGCUGUCUCCACCGCCAUGAAAAAGGCACUACCUUUGUUGUCUUCGUUGUACUUUUUGUGUUUCCUACAUGUUCUAAGUGAACCUGUUACUACGUGUUCCGUGUGUACGAGGGCCAACAGCCAGGGACCUGCAAGAUAUAGACAAUAUGAGAAAUGUUUCACAGUUAAAAAAAAAAUCCCAUCUCUUUGGACCCCUGUGAGAUUCAACUUCUGGCACGAUGAGAUGGAGGCCACAACCGGCCCCUAAAGACAAAACCUUUCACUCCAGGCCUCUGUGGGUGUCUCUCAGUUCCAGCAGGCCCUGUGCUGGACUCCCCAGUGCUCCAGGACAGGCGGCUACACCCAGCUUCAGCCCUUCUCAGGCUUCCUGGACCCUGGCAGCUUGCUCCUGCACGGACUGCCACAGGGCCCGAAUGUUGCCCUGGCCAAAUCCAGUGGCCCCCUGCCUCUGAAUCAGCUCCAGGAAGAAAGUGUCCUCUGCAAAGAGGGACUUGGUGAAGACCUGAAGCAGAAACUUGCCUCUGUCACCAUCUAGCAAGACCCCCUGUCGGGCCAGCAGGCUAGGCUCAUACCCUGCAGCCAGGAUCUGCUUCUCCUUGCCUGGCUGCUGGUAGUAGGCCUCAGGAGGAGUCAGGAGCUGACCCCCGGCCCCUGCCACCCCCUCAGUGGCUUCCAUGAUAUUUGGUGUGUAUAGCCCCACGUGCUGCAGUCCAGGUCCCCCGUUCCGGGCCAGGAACUGCUCCACCUGGUCCUGUCUGCUGGUGACCCCCAGCAGGGACUCGGCCAGCACGAGGGUAGGGACAGCACUACCCGUAGGGGCCCGCAGGGCGGUGAGCCUCAGCCCCCCGCACCCGGACUCUGCUGCCACCUCCAGGCCCAGCUCCGGAUCCUCACCUGGGCUCAGCGGCAGGUGGUGAAAGCCUAGACAGUCGUGGAACCAGCGCAUCAGUUUUGGGGAGCUGCUGGGGGUGCAGGCCAAGGUCAGGUGGUCCACGUGGCUGACCCAGCCCGGGCCAGGUGCGGAGGGCACAGGCCUAAAGCCGGGCAGGAAGGGCCCACAGAAGCCAGUGCGGUCCAGCAGCGUCAGGCUGAGGUUGCCGGCCGGCGAGCUUAUCACGGCGUAGGUGGCGGCGCCCUGCUCAUCCUGCAUGCUGACAGGGGGCACCGGCACGCUGCAGCCGAGCGCCGCCAGCGCCCGGGCAGCGGCGCCCGCGUCGGCCACGUCGAAGCACAGGUUCGUGGCACUGGGCACCGCAUGAUGCGGGUCCAGGCCGUACAGUGGCUCUGCGGGCCCCGCGCCCUCGUUCACCAAAAAGACCGCGUCGCCGCUCCGCAGAGCCAGCUGCCGCCAGCCGUCUGCUUCCCGCACCGCCAGUGGCUGGAAGCCGAAGAGGCGCUGCAGAUCCCGGGCGAGGGGCAGCCCCGCGGGCACGUGGAAGGCGAUAUGGCACAGACGGCGGGCGGGCGCGGCCAUGGCGGUCUGGAUGGCGACCCCGGCCUGUCCUUCCCCUGGGGACAAUCACUUGUCCGGGACUCGGAGACUCUCAGUCCCUGGCUUGUCGUCAGAAGCCGGUGGAGUCCAAUUUUGCCGGCAGACCCCGUUCCUCGAUCUUUUUCGGGGAGGAGCCACAGACGGACCACUUGGGGGCUUGCGGUUCCCUCUGCCGAACCACGCCAAACUGGAGCUGCCUGGAGACCACUGAGUCUGAGCUGCGGCUCUAGAGAACCACGCGGAGCCAGUGCAGGGGUGGGGCGAGAGAGGGGGGCGGAGCCAGUGACUGCCACUCUCCACCCUCUCGCUCAGCCUGUGUGGCCGAGAGUACACAGGGGACACGGGACUGACCCUUCCUAUGGCCUCUGGCUGGGCCACACACCUUUGGGCACUGACCUUCCCACGGCCUCUGGCUGGGCCACACACCUUUGGGCACUGAGCCUCCCAUCCCCGGACCCUGGAGAUCACAAUAGCUGCCUUCACUAGGUGCCAGGCACUGGGUUCCCACUCAUGCCCCAACCUCAGAGCAAAGGGAAUCAGCCCUAGUUGGGGGAAGAGUCCGAAUUUUCCCUCUACAAGCACGGAAUUUCUUAGCAAUUUCAUGUUUUAGCUUAAAAUUUUUGGAGAAUUUUGCUUUUAA